UCAAACUUUACAUUUAAACAGAGAAAUUAUUUUGAAAUUAGCCAAGCUAGCAUUUGAACAGCUGAAGCAAGAAAAAAUUGUGUUCUAUGAGAAAGAUCUGGAAGAUUGUGGUAUUGAUGUGAGUAAAGACACUGAGUUCACAGGAAUGAUCGCUGAUAUUUUCAAAAGGGAACAUAGACUUCAUGGAGCAAAGGUCUUCUGUUUUGUGCAUCUGAGUGUUCAAGAGUUUCUUGCUGCAGUCCAUGUGUUCUUCUACUACCUGAACAAGAACAUGCAAAAGCUUCAGUUUUUCUUUGAUGAGGCAAAACAAAAUGUCACAUUGGAGGAGCUACUGCAGAAGACUGUUAAUAAAGCAAUGAAGAGUAAAAAAGGACACCUUUUCCUACGGUUUCUGAUGGGCAUUUCACUGAAAUCUUGCCAAAGUCUACUCAAAGGCCUGAUCACACACCCUGAAGACACCACAGAGAGCAUCAGAUAAACAACAGAAUACAUUAAACUAGUACAAGACAAGAAUAUCUCAGAUGAAGCUUCAGUCAACCUGUUCUACUGCUUACUUGAGCUCAAAGAUCAUUCAUUAUAUGAGGAAAUACCUCAGAGUUACCUCAGUUCAGAUGAACAUCCAGAAGAGAUCUCUCAUCUUCAAUGUGUACAGUGUUGACCUACAUACUACUGAUGUCAGAGAAGGUGCUGGAUGAGUUCAACCCAAAGAGGUUCACAUCUAAACAAGCUGACUACUGGAGACUCAUUCCAGCUGUGAGAUGUUGCAGAAAAGCCCUAUUAGAUGGCUAUGGUUUUGACAAAACGUGUUGUGAAAAUAUGUCUUCUGCUCUACAAUCAUCAAACCAUCUGAUAGAGCUGAACCUGAGCAGCAAUCACCUGCAGGAUUCAGGAGUGAAGCUGCUUUCUGAUGGACUGAAGAGUCCACACUGUCGACUGAACAUACUGAGAUUUUCCAUCUGUAAUCUCACUGCUCAAUCAUGUGAGAGUUUGUCAUCAGUUUUACAAUCCUCAAACUCAAACAUCUUGAGGGAGCUGGACUUGAAUAACAAUGACCUGCAGGAUUCAGGAGGGAAGGUUCUUUCUGAUGGACUGAAGAGUCCAAACUGUCAGCUGGAGAUACUGAGGUUGUCUGGCUGUAUGGUGACAGAGAAAGGCUGUCAUUAUGUGUCUUUAGCUCUGACUUCAAACUAA